AUGGCAACCCAAGCCGAGCAACAAGCAGCAGCCAACGCCUUCAUCCAGGAAGUAUGGGGCCUCCAAGGAGCAGCGUACCUUAUCGUCGGUCUUCGUUAUUACAGCCAGUUCUCUUCUUUCGGUCGACGCAUCCAGUGGGAUGAUAUUCUCAUGUUGUUAGCUACAAUAGUGUAUACCGCCGAGUCAGUAGCAGCAUACUUCGUCGUCGCAUACUGGAAAGGCUUGGCGAACAACGGCAUAACAUCUGCGCAACGUCAGGCGUUGAGGGAUAACCCGGAUAGUCCUGAAUGGGCGCUUCGAGUAAACGGGUCCAAGACGCAUGUCAUUGGGCUUUUACUCUACAUGACGUUGUUAUGGCUACUGAAGGGCUAUUGGGUUGUCUACUAUCUACGCCUCACCGAAGGUGUGGCUUCAGCAAAGAGAUAUGCUCGCUGGGGUACUGUUAUUAUCCCCGUGACAUACGUAUCUUGCUUCUUGAUAGCCUUUCUCAAGUGCAUACCAUUUGAGAAGCAAUGGCAAAUUGACCCAGAACCACAAAAUUCUUGCCUGCCAGCUAUCACAUACAUACAGACUAUUUACGUGAUGGCCAUGAAUACCGCCACAGAUUUCUUUCUGAUGUCAAUUCCCCUUCCUAUGAUCUGGAAGGCUAGGAUGCCCUGGCGCAAGAAGAUUGUUAUCAUGUUCAUGUUCAGUGGAGCGCUUCUAGAAAUGAUAUUCGGAAUCUUGAGAGCCGUGUCUAUUCUCACAAAAGGAAAUACUGAUCCAGCCCAGUCAGGCUACUGGUCUGUCCGUGAAUCAUUUGUUAGUUUCGUCGUCACAAAUCUUCCCAUGGUCUAUCCACUUCUCAAGCGAGUCGUUGAGAAAACAGUCUCGGCUUCUAAAAGCGGUACCCAUACUCCGGGUCUAGGCGAUAGUCAGGGAUAUCGCCUCGGGGACUACAAGAACAAAGUCAGCUCGCGAUCACGUCCUGAUGAAACGGAUCUGGGGGACACGGUAUGGGGAUCGAAGGACCAUAUUGUACCAGCUGAUGGGCAAGGUAGUGGUGAUGAAGUCUCGCUCGAAGGUGCCAACAAAGUACAUCGGGACUCACACCUUGGUAUAAGGUCUCAAAAUAUCGCUAAAGCUGUGGGUGGGCUUCAGCCAAGCAAGAGUCACGGCCGGAAACAAGGAUUGGAAGCGGGACAUGGGGAGAUUGUGGUUACGUCCGAAUAUGUAGUACGGGUGGAUCAGUAA